AGACGCGAAAUUUUUCACGGCAACAAAAAGUUUUUUUUAUAUAAAGUUAAGUUUUACUUCAACCAAUAUUAAUUUUCUAAACCAUUAUUCCAGCAAAAAGAUUUAUUAAAGUAUUAUUAUGGAAACUGAAAAUCGAACGAAGCGUCGUCGCCUAAAUAAAAGUAUAUUGGAUUUUAUUAUGAAAUUUGAAGAUGAAAAAGAUGAAAUUAAUAAUAUUAGUACACCUGAUUUGAAUCCUGAACUUAAUGCUUUUUAUGUUGAGCCUGAAAUACCUUUUGUACCUUUGGUACCUUUUGAAGCCCUAAAUAAUGAUUUUAAAGAAUGCGGAGUAACCAGUUCAUCUUCAAGUUUUAGAUAUGAGAACUAUGAUUGUUAUAAUGCAUCACCAUUGUUGACAACAGAAACAUUAUCAGAGGAUUUGGCAGUGUGGUCAACGAAAAGCAAAAUUUCUCAAAGUCUUUUAAACGAACUUAUAAUGAUUCUUAGAAAAUAUGGUCAUUCAGAGUUGCCAAAUGAUGCAAGAACCCUUUUAAAACCCUUUAAAGUUGUUAAAGUACAUAAGAAGUGUGGUGGAACUUAUGCGUAUUUUACUAUUGCUGAUAGCUUAAAUUAUUUUAUGAAUACAAAAAAUGCUUUUCAAAGUACCGAAUUAUCUAUUACUAUUAAUGUUGAUGGACUACCUCUUUUUAAAUCUUCUAAUCUUCAACUAUGGCCAAUUCUUGGUCUAAUAGAGAACUAUAUUUUCAUUAUUGCACUUUUCUGUGGAGAUGCUAAACCAAACUGCUUAGAUGAUUUUCUUAAUGAUUUUAUUAAAGAAUUUUUAUUGUUAACUAAUGAAGGUUUUUAUUAUAAUAAUAACAAAUUUAAAGUUACACUAAAAGCAUUCAUAUGUGAUGCACCUUCUCGCUGUUUUCUUAAAUGUAUACAAGGUCAUACAGGAUAUUACUCAUGUGAACGAUGCCAAGUUAAAGGAUUAUACGAAGAACAUAGAGUUGUUUUUAUUGAUAACAAGCCAUCAACUCCGAGAUUAACUGAAGAGUUUAAUACUUUUGUGUACACUCAACAUCAAAAAUCUCUUACUCCUUUAGCUCAACUUGAAAUAUCUUGCAUUUCUGAUUUUGUUUUGGAUUAUAUGCACAUGGUUUGUCUUGGUGUAGUAAGACGCAUACUUACCUUUUUAAAGUCAGGUCCAAAACAUUGUAGACUUUCAAAUGCCCAAAUAAAGAAUAUAUCUGAUAAUCUGUUAAGCUUACGUGGCAUGAUGCCAUCUGAAUUUGCUCGACAACCACGUUCCCUUUUGGAGUUAGAUCGAUGGAAAGCUACAGAAUUUAGACAAUUUAUUUUAUACACUGGACCCUUAGUUUUAAAGGGUGUUGUUAGUAAAGAAAUUUACAAUCAUUUUCUAACAUUGCAUGUUGCAAUGGUGAUUCUCUUAAAUGAGGACAAUCGAUUUAGAAAGCAUUAUCUUACAUUCGCUAGAGAACUAUUAAAUUAUUUUGUUAUAAAUUCAAAAUAUUUAUAUACAAAAUCAUUCUGUGUUUACAAUGUUCACUCUUUACUUCAUAUUUGCGAUGAUGUUGUUAAAUUUGAUUGUUCACUAAAUAACAUUUCCUGUUUUCCCUUUGAAAAUUUUAUGCAGACAUUAAAAAAAGCAGUAAAAAAUUCAAAGAGUCCUGUUGUUCAAAUAGCCAAACAAUAUGAACGAAUACAAUCUUUAUUAAAUACAAAACCUCGAAAACUUAAAAUUUCAAUUUUAUCUCCCGAAUCUCAAGAAUCCAAAAAAAAGCUUCUGAAAACAGACGUACAAAAAACUGCGCUUGGACCAGAGAAGUUAGUUAAAAAUCAAUUUCCUAUGGAAGUUGGAAAAUACCAGCACAUGAUGUUCAAGAUGCUUUCAAAGGUUCUUGAAAAGCAAGAGCUUAUUUUAGCAUUAAACAAGCAACCACAAAGUAAUAUUGCAAUCAAGCAGUUAGAAACAAUUGCAGAGUUUGAGGACUUUAACAAAAGUUUAGUGGAUGAUUGUGUUAGACUUGAUUUGGUUAAACAACUCAGUUUUUUAUGUGCCGAAGAUUUUAAACAACUGACAAGAUUGGUCAUGAAUAGAUUAUUUACAAAUACCCUGUUGACACAGUUCAACUUAAAAGGUUCUGGCGGAAAGAUUGGUUUACAUUCAACCAAACUAUAUGAUGUAAUAGAAGAAGUAGUAAAAAGAAGGUUUGAAAAGGUUUCAAAUGCUGAAAUUAAAGAGCAAAUUGGACGUUUUUGUAAAAAUGCUCCUUCGCGGGAAAAAAAUAAAUAAAACGAAUUAUUCUUUUUUAUUUUUUCUGUAAAUUUUCAUAUAGAAAUCUUUUUUAUUUUGUGUAAAUUGUUAUAUAGAAAGAUAUUAAUUAACAAUCCAA